UGUAGCGAGACAAUAAACACAGGAAACCAUGAAAUAGGACAUAGGUAAAAGAAAUACCAUCGUGUAUUACAUGUUGACUGUACAUGCGACACAGAGCGAAUCAGAUUGGUUGGAUAUUUGCACUGACGUGGAAGUGGUGUGUUAUAGGUAUCUGAAGCGUGCAAGGUUUGAAAGAUAGCCAAAAAAGUAUUAAAUAUUUGUAGCAGUAAUUUUAAACAUGUUUCAAAAUCUCUUUGAUGAUGUGAAGCGGAUGAACAAACGCCAGUUCUUGUAUCAAGUUCUGAGCUUUGGAAUGAUAGUUUCAUCAGCUCUAAUGAUAUGGAAAGGCCUUAUGGUUGCAACCGGCAGUGAGAGCCCAAUUGUUGUUGUACUAAGUGGAAGUAUGGAACCAGCAUUCCAUCGUGGAGAUUUGCUCUUUCUAACAAACUAUAAAGAAGAACCAGUAAGGGUGGGUGAGAUUGUUGUGUUCAAAGUGGAAGGACGAGACAUCCCUAUUGUACAUCGUGUCUUGAAACUCCAUGAGAAUGUGAAUGGCACAGUAAAGUUCCUGACCAAGGGUGACAACAAUAGUGUUGAUGAUCGAGGACUGUAUGCACCUGGACAGCUGUGGCUCACCAAGAAAGAUGUUGUGGGACGUGCAAGAGGGUUCUUGCCUUAUGUUGGGAUGGUCACCAUAUAUAUGAAUGAGUAUCCAAAAUUCAAAUAUGCUGUGCUGGCAUGCCUCGGCCUGUAUGUGUUAGUGCAUCGAGAAUAGCUGUGUGUACAAGACUUCCUCAGCAUCUUCAUUCCGAGAAAUGUUUGCCAGAAAAUACGAUUCCCAAUUUGUUUUUCGAAGCAGUGACUAGUUCCAUGUCUCAGAACACAUGCUUUAUCGUGAGAACUGAUUGUAUUUUGUCUCUAGAAGCCUGCACCUCCCAUGAGUGAGAGAUGCUAUGUGUGUUACUUACUUCCUGUUGUGAAUGAGCAUAUGUGUUUUGGUAGAAUGUCAAAUUAAAUACGUAUAUUUCUUUUUGUUAUUAAAGUGUUUAAUGCA